AGAAAAGGAAACGUUAUGUGUCUCUGAAAGCGAGCGCGUGUAACCCUUGAGCACGAACACGUUCUUCUCUUCUCUUCGAGCUUCUUCUUCUCUCCCUCCUUCAAAACAUCAACUAUACAGCUGAAGCUUACCCGUUGAUUCGAAUUCUUCCCCCAUUGUAAUCAUCGGGAUGCAGCAAAACUACCUUACAAUUCGAUUCUUGUCGUGAUUUAUAUAUAAGAGAAGCUGAAAAAGAGAAAACGAGUGGGGGUGUUACUUACUGUGGUAAUGGGUCAGCAAUUGCGUCGAGCUGUUGGUAAAAUCAAAGAAGUUGAGAGAUCAACACCAUCUUCUACAUCAAGGGUCGUCGUUGAUCGGAGAUCGCUCCCUACGGAGGAGCUCAGUGCCGUCAAACCAUCUCCGUCUACUCCCACCGUUGAUGUUGUUUCUUCUGAUAAUAAAGGUCGAAGAACGAGUGAGGAGGAUGAUGUUUUAGAGGAACGAGACCCGAAAUAUGAUACAAUGUUGAACCAAAUGGUUGGGAGAAUUAAGGCUAAACCUGGAGGCAAAGCUGAGAUGGGAGAUGCAUCACUAGUGGAAACAUCGAAAAGGCCACUCCCAAAGCUCCGGAACACAACUCCUGAAUCAACAAGGUAUGAGGAAAACCCAGUGCCUCAAGGAACAUUGAAUGUAGCACAAGUGCGACAUAUCAUGCUUCUCUACCAGGGCAAAGCUCAGGAUCACAAUGGUCCAAUGAGUGUUAACGAUAUAGCUGCAAAGUACCGGGUUGAUGUCUCUCAGGUCCAGAAGAUUACUCAGUUCCUGUCUUUGCCUCAAGAGGUUACUGAUAAGCAGAAGCAACAAUAUGAAUAAAGUAAAGGCUGUUUUCGUUCUCACAACUGGUUGGUUUCUUUUGUCCUUGCCGGUUUUAGAAAGUUUUGUGCGUCAGAUGUGUAACACAGAACCAGAGAUGACAUUGACUUCGAUUUUUUUCUUUUCUCUGACUCUGAGUAAUAAUGUAAAACUGUGCAGCUAAGAAUACAAGAGCUUUUUUCAAUCAAGCCAUGAUUCUGCUGA